AUGACCGACAUACUUCACAACGCGCCCAUCGUCCUGGACAAUGGCUCAGGGACGAUUCGCGCCGGCUUCGCGGGGGACGACCUGCCCAAGUGCUUCUUCCCGUCAUGGGUCGGCCGGCCCAAGCACCUGCGGGUGCUAGCCGGCGCCCUGGAGGGGGAUGUCUUCAUCGGACAAAAGGCGGCGACGGAGCUGAGGGGCCUGCUCAAGAUCCACUACCCGCUGGAGCACGGCAUCGUCACGGACUGGGACGACAUGGAGCGGAUAUGGGAGUACGUGUACGGCGAAGGUCUCAAGACGUUGAGCGAAGAGCACCCGGUGCUCCUGACGGAACCGCCCCUCAACCCCCGCAGCAACCGCGACACGGCCGCCCAGAUCCUCUUUGAGACGUUCAACGUCCCCGCACUGCACACGUCCAUCCAGGCCGUCCUGUCGCUGUACGCGAGCGGGCGCACGACGGGCAUCGUGCUCGACUCGGGCGACGGAGUUUCGCACGCCGUGCCCGUAUACGAGGGCUUCGCGAUGCCGAGCAGCAUCCGGCGCAUCGACGUGGCCGGCCGAGACGUGACCGAGCACCUGCAGACGCUGCUCCGCAAGAGCGGCUACGUCUUCCACACGAGUGCCGAGAAGGAGGUGGUGCGGCUCAUCAAGGAGAGCGUGUCAUACGUAGCGCACGACCCGAGGAAGGAAGAACGGGACUGGCUCGGCGUCAAGCCCAACGAGAGCAAAUACGCCGAGUACGUGUUGCCCGACGGGCACAGGUUAAAGAUUGGCCCCGAGCGAUUCCGCGCGCCAGAGAUCCUCUUCGACCCCGAGAUCAUCGGCCUCGAGUACCAGGGCGUGCACCAGAUCGUGGUCGACGCCAUCAACCGGACGGACCUGGACCUGCGCAAGUCGCUGUACAGCAACAUCGUGCUGUCGGGCGGCAGCACGCUGACCAAGGGCUUCGGCGACCGGCUGCUGACGGAGCUGCAGAAGCUGGCGGUCAAGGACAUGCGGAUAAAGAUCUUUGCGCCGCCGGAGCGCAAGUACUCGACGUGGAUCGGCGGCAGCAUCCUGGCGGGCCUGAGCACGUUCCGCAAGAUGUGGGUGAGCAUCGACGACUGGCACGAGAACCCGGACAUAAUUCACACCAAGUUUACGUGA